GUCGGCGGCGCGGCCAUGGCGAGCAGCGGGCGGCCCCUGGCGCUGGCGGGCGCAGCCGUGGCGGCGGCGGCGCUGGCGGGCGGGCUGGCCCUCGCCGUCUGGAGGCGCUCCCGGGGCCCCGCCGCGCCCUCGCUCCCGCCGGCACCGGCACCGGCACAGGGAAAGCCCCAAAGCAAGCAGAUCCUGGUUCUGGGCUUGGAUGGAGCUGGGAAAACCAGCAUUCUGCACUCACUCACAGCUAACCAAGUGAAGCACAGCACGGCUCCCACAGAGGGCUUCAAUGCCGUCUGCGUCAGCACAGAGGACUCCAAGAUGGAUUUCCUAGAAAUCGGUGGCAGUGAGGCUCUGCGGUCCUACUGGAAGAUGUACCUGUCGCGAGUCCUGCUGCUCAUCUACGUUGUGGAUUCAGCUGACCACCAACGCUUGCCUGUUGCCAAGGAGCUGCUCCAUCAGCUAGUCCAGGAUAACUCAACCUUGCCUGUGAUGAUUCUUGCCAACAAGCAGGAUCUUGAAGGUGCAUACUGUAUCUCGGACAUUCACGAAGCUUUGGCAUUGGCUGACAUUGGAGCCGAGAGGAAGUUGUUCCUGAUCGGCACGCACGUCGCUGAGGACGGCGCAGAGAUCUCUUCUGGCAUGAAGGAUACACGUGAACUGAUCGCAGGGCUGGUCUCGGAAGCAAUUUGAUUGGUCCAGGAAUGGGGCACGGCCAUGGAACUUAAUUCACAGCUUGCAGCCAUAAAAUAGCUUUACUUUGCAUUUGAACCUUGCACUAUUGAUCCUCAGGUAUGGAAUUUCGAUGGUGGCAACGCCAAAGUUGUGAAGAACAUUGGGGUUGUUUUUAAAAAAUGUAAUAUAUUUGAAAAGUAGCUGUUCAUUUUUAAGAAUGUGGAGAGGGAUGGUUCGGAUAAAACAGCUGGACUCCCUGCACUGAGAAGACAAACACCUGCUGCUGUUUGCAUGAGCGACUGAUGAGGGUUUCGUUUAGAGCUGUGUGCUGGUUUGCACCAGUUUAGAAACUUGACUUGUGGAAAAGCAGUACAAGUUUGUACCUGAGGGGGGUUGUAGGGCCAGGAGCCAAGGAACAAAAGCAGCUAGCUGCAGGCACCCCUGGUUGCUGGACAUUUCCUGGACAUCUUGGGGUUGGACUAGAUGACCCUAGAGAUCCCGCCCAACCCUAUGAUUCUAUGAUCUUCAUGACCGUUUUGUUUCAGAUGCUUUAAGUCCCUCCAUUCCUUCCUGUGGGUGUUCAUCCUUCUGAGGGGCAGAGAAGAAUUAAGGGAUGGAGGGGGAUCCCAAGUUCGUGGGAAGCUGCUCAGUGUCUUCUUAUUUCCCCCCAACAUCAGGAAACAGGCCUUGGAAUCGCACGGCUGAAUCAAGGAGUGAGACCUCCUGGUUUGGGUGUUUGCAUCUCCCUGGUGUAAACACAGGUUCCUGACCUGUGCGCAUCAUUGACAUGUGCGAGCAAGACAGUGCAUUUUCAUGUGGCUCGUGUUUGUUGGCCUGUAGAGGUGCGGGCUAAGAGCCCUUGAAGCAUGCUGUGAAAUAUGUAGCAUUGCAUCUUGUUCCUUGUUCUCCCAGGUGGUCUCUGAGACUGGAAAUUAGGCGGGAGGGGAGGGAAAGGACUAAGGGUGGAGGAGAAAUCACAUGAAGAAUAAAAUAGGACGGUGGGGGGGGGAUCCCACUUGCUUCUCUUUUUGGGAUCACUCCUCCUGCUGCUGCUGCUGCUGAGAUAUGACCAGCUGGUGACUCCAGUUUGAAGAAACAACACUGCCAGCGUUGUGUGACGGUCACAAAUACUGCAAGCGAUGCCUCAAGCAAGCAGCACUGGUGCAGCAGAACUGAUGUCACACUUCCACUUUUUCCACCCACCCACCCUUAAUAACGUUCUCGGAUGCUGUUACCAACAUAGGACAAAUUAUCUUACCUUUAAGGAAAAUGGCUAAUGACUUGUACCUCUUGCUAACAUUGGAAAAAAUCUCUGUAUUUGCCUCUAAAUUUUGAAAACUACAAAAGUUUUCUAAGAGUGUUUUCUCUCAGUUGUACACCAGAGCAGUUCCUUCAUAUAAAAUCAGAGUAUUUUUGUCCUA